GCGCGCGCCCACUGCUGCAGUCCCGGGAGGCGGCGGUGGUGGCGGCGGCGGCUGCGGGCAACGCGCGGGGCACGGGGCUCUGGGUGAUAGCCGUCGGGGCCGGGGCGGCCGGCAGUGGGCACAGGCUCCCCGGUGCCCGCCCCUCCGCCGGGAGGGGGGCGCGAGCGGGUGGCCGGGGAGGGGCCGGCACCGCCACGGCAAAAUGAGCCUGCUGUCUGCCAUCGACACGAGCGCCGCCUCGGUGUACCAGCCAGCCCAGCUGCUCAACUGGGUCUACCUGUCGCUUCAGGACACACACCAGGCUAGUGCCUUCGAUGCCUUCCGGCCCGAGCCGCCCGCCGGCGCCGCGCCCCCGGAGCUGGCCUUCGGCAAGGGCCGCCCGGAGCAGCUGGGCUCUCCCCUGCACUCCAGCUAUCUUAACAGCGUCUUCCAGCUGCAGCGCGGAGAGGCGCUGAGCAGCAGUGUGUACAGGAAUGCUUCGCCCUAUGGCUCCCUCAACAACAUCGCGGAUGGCCUCAGCUCCCUCACCGAGCAUUUCUCAGACCUGACGCUCACCUCCGAGGCCCGCAAGCCCAGCAAGCGGCCUCCGCCCAACUACCUGUGCCACCUCUGUUUCAACAAAGGACACUACAUUAAGGAUUGCCCUCAGGCACGCCCUAAAGGUGAGGGUCUGACACCUUACCAAGGCAAGAAGCGCUGCUUCGGGGAGUACAAGUGUCCCAAGUGCAAGAGAAAAUGGAUGAGCGGGAACUCCUGGGCCAACAUGGGGCAGGAGUGCAUCAAGUGCCACAUCAAUGUGUACCCACACAAGCAGAGACCCCUGGAGAAGCCGGAUGGCCUGGAUGUGUCUGACCAGAGCAAGGAGCACCCACAGCACCUCUGUGAAAAGUGCAAGGUCCUGGGCUACUACUGUCGUCGUGUGCAGUGACCUUGGCCGCCACUGCAGCACCCCUCGGCUGCCACCUCCCCGUGCUGUCCGAAGGGCUGAAUGUCCCCAUACUUGAGGAGACCUCACAGGCCUGUGGGCUUAAGCAGAGGGGGCGCAUGUCCUCGUCUCGCGUGCUAACAGUGUGGCUGACAUGUUCCCAACGGGGUGCAGAGACACGAGGCUCAGGGACUCUUCACCAUAGGCCCCGGGCUCUGUAGAGGGACAGAGGCCAGCAGAGGCCUUGGUGUUCCCGCAGGCUCUCUUCCUGAGUGUCUUUGGAGCUGAGUGGCUUUGUAUCCGCCAAGUACACUAGUGAACUGUGAAUCCUGAGGCCUGCGGGAAGUCUUCCCUCCAAGGCCAUCCAGGUCCUGUCCCACCCAGAACCCUGCAGCUUGCCGCCUAUGAAAAGCCACUCUGGGGAAGCCCUGUUUCAUUCCUAAGCUGUAGCCACUGAGGGCAGACCCUUGUUCUAGCAGCUGCUGAGGAGUGGUCCUCUGUUGUGCCCACAUUGAGUCCCACAUCUGACCACCCCUGACAUCACUGCAUUGUACCUGGUAGCUAAAUACAGCCUCCCUCUGCCAAUGGGCCUGGUAGGCAGGAGGACAUUAAACAGUGAACAGUGCUCCAAGACAUCCUAGGGGACAUCCGGCAUCGCCUCCCAUGGUCUCCCCCAGACUGCCCUGUAAGCUCGGAUUUCAUCAGCUGCUCUCUCUUCAUCCUUAGCCUCCUACCCAUGUCAGGGACACCACCCCACAGAAACUGUAAGCCUGCUCUGCCAUGAAGGAUGCAGUUCUUGGCAUUCUGGAGUUACUUUAUGCCACCUGGGGCAAGGACAUCUCAUCUCCAGCCUCAGUUUCCCCACUAGUUAAGAAAGUGCCACCAGAAAGCCAAGAGGCCCCAGUGAGCUUUGAUGUUCUAGAAGAAAGCUGGCUACCUCUGGAACACAGGGCAUCACUGGGGUGAUGGGGUACCCCUAGAGUGCCCCUAGAGCACUGCCUUCCAAACCUCUGCCCAUGGUAGCCACUUAGGAAAUCAGGCUGAGCGAUGCCAGGUCCCCUCCUACAGCCCUCCUUGCCUGGUGGUCCCAUCCCCGGGGAAGAUGGGAGAUGACCCCAUCCCAGGUCUCCUCAGCCCCUCGCAGUGGGCAAGCCUAAAAUGAGCCGCAGAACCUCUCCUUUGGAAACCGGGGAAAAUGGUUUCCUACUUUUCUAGGAAGGCAGGGAGAUCUCCUGGCAUGUCACAUGGCCCAGAAAGACUGCCGUCCCGGUUAGGAUCAGCAGUGCAUCCCCCUCCCCUGUGACAAGCCACAUUUCUCCUGCCUUUCUCCUCUUCACCAGCUGCCAGGACUGAGUAGCUUGACUUUGCCCCGACACUAUGCCUCUAUGGAGAAGAAAAGAGUCAGACCAUGAAAUAGGCCUGAAAUUCAGUGUUUACACAUGGUGCCCAGUUGCCCUUUGUUUCAAAUGAGAAUGCUUUGUACGACUGAGGAGUCACAGUGAAGUGUUAACCACGGGUCCAGGGAGUGAGUCGAAGAGAUGAGCGUGUCUGCAGCCAGUUAGCUGCAGGAUAGAUUUUUGGGAGAACAUACCCUCUGAAUACUUAACAAAGGUAUACCUGUGGCAGUCCAAAGCACUAGCUGCCACCCUGCUGCCCAGGAAUGGUAGCAUGCUGGGCUGCAGACUGUGAGCACCCAGCACCAAAGACUCCCCAGCCUUGCUGCUGCACUAGGGCCGCCCCAUGCCAAGCUUCCUGUCACUUAGGAAAGGGCUGUUUCUGUCAGUCAUCCCACAGGGCCUCUAAAGAGAAUGUCCACAUCAGUGGGCAGCGUGCUCAUGUCCCAAAUGAGGACUCGUUGGGCAUGGGUGAACCAAGUCAAAGGUUCAGAGAGCCCAGCAACAGUCUUCAGGAAGCCAGGGCCAGCAGAAAGUGGGACCUCUCCCUACAGUGAGCAUUUGGGUCCCUGUACUGAAGUCUGUGUGCAGCUGGGCCCUCUUGCCUCAGACAGCCUCUCCCUGGGCCUGCCUUGCAGUGCUUUGGCUGAACUUGUGAUCUUUUUGAGGCAAGAAAAAGAUACCACUGUCUAAGCUGGGUGCUGGAGAGUUAAUGCUCAGAGGGCCUGGGAACCCAAGGGACAAGAAAGUGUGUGGUUUAGUACAUUCAAAAGGGACAAUCGCUUGCAGUCAGUAGAUCUAGCGAUCUAGUUGAGAGAGAAUGGUGUUUACCCCAUAUGAAGUAUUCAAUAGCUCUACUUGUGAAUUUGUAUUUAUUUUGAGUUAUACUUGACACAGAAUUCUUUUUUAAAAAAAAAUGCUAUGUGUGUAUUUUGGGAAAAUUCAUAGAUGUUAAAAUUUCUGCAUGGUUACCAGUUUUUCUUACGACCCUGAACUUGGUAGCCUCUCCCCCCCAAAUUCUUCAUAGUGAUUUUUGUUUGUAUAUAUUUGAGGUUCUCUUUUUUUUUUAAGAAAAGAAAAGAAAAAUAGGAUUGCUUGAUAUUGUUGAAAUUGAAAACAACAAAAAGAGGCAUUUUUUAAAAAGUCAGUGCUUUUGAGAGGGCAAUCCAUAUUGAACAGAUUUCUAGACAUAGUUUUGUAAGUCUGGUUGAUCUGUAAGAGGAUAUUUAUAGUGAGAACUUUUCCUUUUUUCUUGUUUUUUUUUUCUAUGCUUUCGUCUGUAAAAAGUAUGCAAACUGAACUACAUUAAGAAGGAAAUAUUAUCUACAUAGAAUUAUUAUAUGAAGUUGGUACAUAAUUCUAACGAGGAAAAAAAUCUUUGUAAUCCUUUAAGCUAUGGUUUUUUUUUUCUAUUUUGUUUUCCUUGGAUGAAAAUAUCAGUAUUAAGCACCCAGUAUAUUAUUCAAGUGUUAGACUUAUUAAUAUGCUCUUGUCCUGUAUUUAUACAUUUGUGUAUUUUUGGAAGUAUUGCUUUUUUUACGGGGAGUUAUCAAUGGACAACAUGGUAAAAAGGGAACAGAGAUCUUUUGUGCCUCUGCCUCUGGCUUCUGAGGUGGACAGGUGGUAUUGUAAUCUUUUCUCCUGCACCUUCAUGUUAUUAUCUUGUUAUUAUGGUUUUAUUAAUUUUUUAGGGGAGGGCAGGGGAUGGGCAAGGGAAAAGGACACAUCGGACGAACAGGUCCUUUGAUCUGCCAGCCCAUUUGGACUUGCCCGCAAGACCCAAGGAGGUACAGGAACACAGGAGGCAGGCUUCCUCCUCGCCCGAGCCUUGCCUCCCAACCCCAUGCUCUUUGAACUUGGACCUGUCCACCUGAGCCCUUCCACCUGCCUUUUAGCAUCUAAUGAACUUGAAUCUACUCUAAACAAAAGUCUAAUCCAACCUCACUACAUUGUAGCCAGUCAACAACUAACAGUGAUGUGAGGGGUGUUGUAGCCUUCCGGGAGAUGGCAAUGAGGAUCCUUGUUUGCUCUCAUGGCCAGCUUCCCUGUGCCAACCCCUGCACCUCCAUGUGGUGACCCUGUCCACGUCUGUAUCUGUUCAUGUGUGUGCAUUCAGCUAAGAAGACAAACAGAACCCGUGAGCCCCGCCUGGAGGGGGUGCAUGGAGAAGGCUCCUGACUUCCCUGAAGGGCCGGCCUCGGGGUGGCAUUCCGGUGUGUGCCUUAUUCCUGGAGACUCUAUAUACGGCUUGCCUAUGAAAAUAGAGCCUUUCUGUGCUGUAUUAAAAGGACUUUGGAAAGAA